CGCAUCAUUGGCAUUGCUCGUGAAUAGCUCUGCCGUAAUUUGACCAAAGCUACCCUAGCUUUUGCAGCUCAUAGGCUGUAAGAAGACUACACAUAUAUACAUCAUCAUGGAUCUCUUAGCUGCUGGCUAUGGGAGCGGGACCGACGAGGAAAACGAGGAUGAGCAGCAGGCAGGACCAGUAGCCGCACGGCAUAGAGGCCCAAGGGAAUACUCCGAUGACGACAGUGUGGACAGCAGCGAUGAAAGCGUGGAUAGCGCUGAGUUACGAGCUGCUGAGGCGGCUGCACGGGUGCGGGACUACGGGGAAACGGCCACGUCAGGGCGACAGCCACAACCACAGGCGCAAGCGGUUCGGCCCCUCCUACCGUCCGCAUUAGACGUAUUAGACCAGGUAGAAGGCCCGCCCACCUUUCUCGACCCGGAGGCCAUCCGCCCGCUCGCCUCCUCCGCCCUGCACGGCCUCUCCGAGGAGGCCGCAGCGCGGCUAGCCGGGCAAGGCGGAGCAGGGGGAGGAGGCGGGCGAGGGGAGCGGCAGCAGCCCGGAAAGGACUUUGACAUCUCCCGAUUGGCGCCGCCACUGAAAGGCCAGGCCAAGUACGUGGACAUGGGCCUAGCGCAGACAAGCGAGACGCCCCACCGGGUGCCAUCAUCGAGGGGCGUGCCAAGCGCUACAAGGCGGAGGAGGGACCCGAGGCCACCCAGCAGUACACGGCGGCGCAGAUCGCCAUGAUGGGAGGUCGCGUCAACGACUUCACAGCUGCAGCCGCCGCCGCUGCAGCCGCCGGCGCUGCCGUACCCGCCAAGCCUGCUGCCGGCGGCGCUCCCUCGAAGCCCAUGGAGGUGUCCGAAUUUCUGAAUAAGGGGCUGGGGGCCGCGCAGCUGCCGCGCCGAAACCAGGACCGCAAAGACAAAGAGAAGGAGAAGCGCAUGCGCGGACAGAGCAGCCACUCGCACUGGAAGAGUGAGGCGGAGAUGGUGCUGCGGCAGCAGUUUGACUCGUGAUGUCGUGAGGAAGGGGG